AAAGAGUCUUCAUCUACUCCUAUUCACUUGUCCGUCAUAGUGCCUGCUUAUCAGGAACAGGAUCGUUUGCCCACCAUGAUCCAGGAAGCAGUUCAAGUGCUGGAUUCUCGACAGGAUGCAGAUCAUUUCUCAUAUGAAAUUAUUAUAGUGGAUGAUGGAAGCAAAGACAAGACUACAGAGAUUGCAUUAGGUCUUUCCAAGACGCAUGCCGAGAAGUAUGCCAAAAAUCCUCAACGAAAUGCUACGCGAGAGAUUCGUGUCAUGACACUUGAAAGGAAUCGAGGCAAAGGUGGUGCUGUUACCCAGGGUAUUCUUGGGUGUCGAGGUGAUUUCAUUCUGUUUGCAGAUGCUGAUGGUGCAAGUAAAUUUGAAGAUCUUGCCAAACUGGAAAAGGAAUUGGCUGCUAAUAAAACAAAGUCGCUUGGUAUUGCCAUUGGAUCUCGUGCGCAUAUGGUUGACUCGGAAUCUGUUGUCAAGCGAUCAUUUAUUCGUAAUUUUUUAAUGCGGGGAUUUCAUUUGGUUGUGUACAUUCUUGGAAUUCAAAGCAUCAAAGAUACUCAAUGUGGAUUCAAACUCUUCACUCGCCAGGCAGCACAACUGAUUUUCCCUUGCAUGCAUGUCGAAGGGUGGAUUUUUGAUAUUGAGAUUUUAGUUAUUGCUGAAAAACUCUGUAUACCUGUUACUGAGGUUCCUAUUGAUUGGCAUGAAGUAGAUGGUAGUAAAAUGUCACUGCUCCGUGAUUCGAUCGAGAUGUUGGUGCAGCUUCUUAUGAUCCGUCUUAAUUACUUUUUUGGAUUAUGG